AUGAUGUCGUGGGAGCAAAGAACUUGGAUGUCCCUGCAGGAUGCUUUGGAAGAGCUUUACAGCUCUGCCAGGGAACCUCCUGAAGCGGGGGAUGGGGGGGGAACGCGUGGAGGUGCCAGAGGAGAGAGCACUACUGCUCCCGGCUCCUUCAGCUUCAGCUCGGAACCAACGCUCGAGGACAUCCGCCGUCUCCAUGCUGAGUUCGCUGCUGAACGAGACUGGGAGCAAUUCCAUCAGCCUCGGAACCUCCUCCUGGCCUUGGUGGGGGAAGUGGGGGAGCUGGCAGAGCUCUUUCAGUGGAAGCCCGAUGAGGAGCCUGGGCCCCAAGCCUGGUCCCCCAGGGAACGAGCAGCCCUUCAAGAGGAGCUCAGUGAUGUCCUCAUCUACCUGGUAGCAUUGGCAGCCCGCUGCCGUGUAGACCUGCCCCAAGCAGUGCUCUCCAAGAUGGAUAUCAACCGGCAACGCUACCCAGCGCAUCUAUCUCGUGGCUCUGCCUGCAAGUAUACAGACUUGCCCCACGGGGCCACCUCUGAAAACCAGGCCGUGGGGCCUACAGACCCUGCCUCUGAGUCCACAGGUCAGGUCUCAACCUAG